AUGGAUCAAUCAAUAUAUUUGUUGUUAAUGCUAGUGUUAUUUGUGUGUGUUCAUUGCGAAUUCGAGGGUGAAGAAUGUAAAAAAGGUAAUUUAUUAGGAGUCUGUACGAAUAUAAGGAAAUGUCAGUCCGCGCUGAACGACAUCAGAAACAGGAAAUCACCACAGAUUUGUUCGUUCGACAACGCGGAUCCUGUUGUGUGCUGCUUUGAUAACUCGAUCAGUUCACGGGCUCCCCUCGCCACAACAACGCGUCGUACGCCGAGUUCUACCACAACGGAGUACGUACCACCCUCCUAUGAUUACCAGUCCAACAAUGGCGACAAGAAAUGCGAGGAUGUACCGGCGGAUCUGACGUCUCCCAAGACCGGGCAGAAGGCGUGGGACAAAUGUAUUGAAUAUCAAGAGCAGCUCGUGUAUCCGUGUGAAAAGGGCGUCGCGCUCACCGGGGAGAUCAGCCGCAGUAAGCACUGCCACCACGACGCGGACGAGCUCAUCAUUGGCGGCACCGAUGCAGGCGUCAACGAAUAUCCGCACAUGGUCCUGCUCGGCUACGGUGACGAUGUCGCGAACAUCCAGUGGCUGUGCGGGGGGGUGCUCAUCAGUGAGCGCUUCGUGCUCACAGCCGGACACUGCCUAUCCAGUAGAGAGGUUGGCGCAGUCAGAUACGUGUAUAUCGGAGCCCUCGCCCGGCACGAGACCACGAACCCGUCCCGCCGCUACGCAGUCAUCCGCGCUCACAGACACCCCGACUACAAGCCGCCUAGCAAGUAUAACGACAUCGCGCUGUUAGAGCUAGAUCGACAGGUCCCGCUGGACCAGUACACAGUCCCGGCGUGUCUGCACACGGGAGACGCCGUCAAUGACGAGCGGGCCUCCGCCACCGGCUGGGGACUCACCGAGAACCGGGGCUCCACGUCGGACGUGCUGCAGAAGGUGGUACUAACUAAGUUCACGUCGACGGAAUGCUCCGAGAAGUACCCGACCAAUCGCAACAUGAAGCGCGGGUUCGACCCUCGGACUCAGAUGUGCUACGGAGACAGGACAUUGUCCAGAGACACUUGUCAGGGCGAUAGCGGAGGUCCUAUACAGAUAAAAAGCAAGAAGAUGGACUGUAUGUACGUCGUGAUAGGCGUGACGUCGUUUGGUCGGGCCUGUGGUUACGCGGGCGAGCCCGGGAUCUACACCAGGGUCAGCCACUACGUACCCUGGAUAGAGAGUGUCGUCUGGCCUUAG